AUGGACUGGCCAGCCCGAUCUCCAGAUCUCAAUCCUAUAGAACACGUGUGGGACAUGCUCCAGAACGCUGUUUCGGCGAGAAACAUCCAACCUAGAACGCUUCAGGAACUUCAAGCAUCUCUCGUCGCUGAAUGGACAAGUAUUCCCCAAAACCGGAUACGAGACUUGGUCAGAAGCAUGCGCCGCCGCUGCUACAGCAAGGUGUCAAAAAUGGGAGUAAUCCUUUUGGUCUCCAUCCUUGUAUCUCUCAGCCAUGUGUGCGAAUCGACCUUUACCUUAGCUGCUACUUACGCCGACCAUAUGGUUCUCCAAAAAGGCCGACGUGGGGCAAUAGUUUGGGGGAAGUCCUCUAAACUAGGCGACACUGUUCACAUAGCAUUGAAUGGCAAUGAGGUCACCCAGACAAACGUCACUCACGAUACAUAUGGCGGAUACAUGUGGAUGGCAAAGGUUGUCAUGGCUACAAAUAACUACGGUCCUUACAACCUCACAGCCAGAUCAAGUCUAGGGACUCUGAUGUUACAAGACGUCAUGUUUGGUGACGUUUGGGUGUGCUCUGGUCAGAGUAAUAUGCAAUUUCCAAUGAAAUGGAUAAUUAAUGCGACCGAAGAAUAUGCAGAUGCCUCAAACUACCUAAAUGUACGUGUGUUUAGGGAGGCCUAUGAUCAAUCUAAUGUGUCUCUUGAGGAUUAUAGACCUGUCAUCCCAUGGGCGAUACCAAACGAGAAUACGCUCACGCUAUUUUCUGCUGUUUGUUGGUUAUUCGGUAAACGAUUGUCAUCUGAAUUCGGAUAUCCAAUCGGUUUGAUUGAAACAAAUGUUGGAGGAACAAAGAUAGAGUCCUGGUCAUCAUCUGACGCUUUGAAGGCAUGUCCGUCCAGAAGGAGAUUGACAGCACAUUCCGCCCUCUGGAAUGGGAUGGUGACACCACUUCUCCGAAAUACUAUAUAUGGUGCCAUAUGGUAUCAGGGUGAGUCAAAUAUCAACGAACCAGAACUUUAUGCCUGUCAGUUUCCAGCUAUGAUAUCAGACUGGAGACAUAAGUUCAGCGCCGCUUCACUACACACGACUUCAGCAAACUUUCCAUUUGGCUUCGUACAACUUGCAGCUAAUAAAAAUAAUUCGUUGGCCACUGGUUUUCCGUCCUUACGUUGGUCCCAGACUGCUCAGUAUGGAAAGGUUCCGAAUACGAAGAUGCCAAAUACGUUUAUGGCGGUAGCAAUGGAUUUACCCGAUUUUGGCUCUCCACGCGGAAAUAUACAUCCCCGUUUUAAACAUGAUGUGGCUUCCCGUCUGGCCUUGUCAGCUCUCGGUGUGGCGUACCAUAAGACGGAAUUAAACUACCAAGGUCCGUACCCAUCGAGUUUCACUAAUGCUCAACACUCCUUGAAUAUAGAAUAUGACAACGGACAAUCACCAAUCAUGUUGACUAUCAACGCUACCAGGACUGUAGGUGGCGCAGAAUUUGAGGUGUGUUGCUUAGAUCACCAAUGCCCCCUUACGUACCAACACUGGAAAUCAGUCCCGAUUGUAUCACAUGGAGUGUCAUCCGUUACACUUAAUACAAAUACAUGUGGUAUCGCAAAAGUGGCUGCGGUACGAUACGCUUGGAGGGAGAGUCCUUGUGCAUUCAAGCAGUGUGCAGUGUACGGAAGAGAAAAUGACCUUCCUGCACCGCCGUUCUAUCACAGUUUUUUCUAA